UGUCAUUUAGCACCUUCACUUUUUGAUCCCUACAGAAGACAACGAGAAGUCAGAUGGUAACAAUGACAACAACUUCAGUCAGCAGCUGGCCUUGCUCCUCCCAGGGAGUGCACUUUAUAACUAAUCACAGCGUCCAAUGGCCAUACAACUUCUCAGGAGCCUCAAAUUUUACUGCCUGUUCCAUGGAUGAAAAAUUACUCUCUAAUGUGUUAACAACAUUCUACUCUGUUAUUUUCAUCUUGGGCCUCGUUGGAAACAUAAUUGCCCUCUAUGUAUUUCUGGGUAUCCACCGCAAAAGAAAUUCCAUUCAGAUUUACCUACUCAACGUAGCCAUUGCAGACCUCUUACUUAUCUUCUGCCUCCCUUUCCGAAUAAUGUAUCACAUUAACCAAAACAAGUGGACACUAGGUGUGAUUCUUUGCAAGGUUGUGGGGACACUAUUUUACAUGAACAUGUACAUUAGCAUUAUUUUGCUUGGAUUCAUCAGUUUGGAUCGCUACAUAAAAAUUAAUCGGUCUAUACAACAACGGAAGGUGAUAACAACCAAACAGAGUAUUUAUGUUUGCUGUAUAGUAUGGAUAAUUGCUCUUGCUGGAUUUUUAACUAUGAUUAUUUUAACCCUUAAGAAAGGAGGUCAUAAUUCCACAAUGUGUUUCCAUUACAGAGAUAAGCAUAAUGCAAAAGGAGAAGCAAUUUUUAACUACAUUCUUGUGGUAAUGUUCUGGCUAAUUUUCCUACUAAUAAUCCUUUCAUAUAUUAAGAUUGGCAAGAAUCUAUUGAGGAUUUCUAAAAGGAGGUCAAAAUUUCCUAAUUCUGGCAAAUAUGCCACUACAGCCCGGAAUUCCUUUAUUGUGCUUAUCAUUUUUACUGUAUGUUUUGUUCCCUAUCAUGGCUUCCGAUUUGUCUAUAUUUCUUCACAGCUAAAUAUGUCGUCUUGCUAUUGGAAGGAAAUCGUUCACAAAACCAAUGAGAUCAUGCUGGUUUUCUCAUCUUUUAAUAGCUGUUUAGAUCCAGUCAUGUAUUUCCUGAUGUCCAGUAACAUUCGCAAAAUAAUGUGCCAACUUCUUUCUAGACGGUUUCAAGGGGAAGCGAGCAGGAGUGAAAGCACUUCAGAAUUUAAACCAGGAUACUCCCUGCAUGAUACAUUUGCUGCAGCUAAAAUUCAGUCUACUUCUUAAAGCACUUACAGUAAACAUAUUAAAAAGGAUGAUAAAAUACAGCCUAAUUCCUUGAAGAACAAAAAAUUAUGAA